UGAUUAUGAUCUCUAUGAACAUGGUUACCUGUGUCAGCUUGAUCCUACGAUGGGUACAGUACCGGCGAGCGAGGAUGACCUGGGACUUCUACGCCACCGGAGUUUGUUGGCAUAGAAACCUUAUCCUUGCGUUCACCAUUUUUUCUGCUGCAUAUUCCGCAUUCAUGGACUUCGUCUUGGCUGCUCUUCCAUGGCCCAUUACAGUAAAAUUGCAGAUACGGAUCAGCAAGAAAGUCGGUGUUUCUACUGCUAUGAGCAUUGGUCUUUGGCAAGUUGGGUGCAUUUGGUGAAAACAGCGCUCUUACUCGUCCAUUCUCUUACAUAGCAGCACAGCGCAGGUAUAAAAUCAAUCGUCAAAUGUACCAAAUUUAGCGUGCUCCGGAGUGACGACUUUGGUGGUAAGUAGGAUACGAAGCAACCAUGUCUCAUUAUCCGCAUCAAAACGCUCUAAAAUGGUAAAGUCUCCUGGCGGUGUUAUGUGCGAGGACAGAGCCGCUUUUGGUGGGAAAUGAUUAUGAUGACCGGAUUUUCAAGAUAGAGGAGGUCCAUGUCCAAUUCAGUAGUAGGGGAGUUGGCAACAGCAUUGACCUUGAGCUAGAAAAGAUUCCACAGUCGUAUUCGCCGUGGGUAUAAGAUGGACUUCAUACGUAGAACCUCU